CACCAUCACGCCGGUGGUGGGCAAGAAGCGCAAGCGCAACGCCUCCUCCGACAACUCCGACUCGGAGGCGCUGCCGGCGCCGUCCCCGCGCGACGACGACGAGUCCAGCGUCCAGAAGCGCCGGUCGAACCGGCAGGUGAAGCGCAAGAAGUACACGGAGGAUCUGGACAUCAAGAUCACGGACGACGAGGAGGACGAAGAGCUGGACGUGACGGGGCCGGCGCGGCCCGAGCAGCUCCAGCAGCAGCUCCACAACCAGCAGCAGCAGCAGCAGCAGCCGCCGGUGCCGGCGACCGCGCCGCCGGCGCCCGAGCCCGAGGGAGAGGCCCUGCCCUCCAUGCAGUUCUUCGUG